AUGGUGAAUUGUGUUUCAUUGGUGAUAAAGAUAUCCGUCUAGAAGGUGAUUUGUGAUUUGCUGGAGAAGGUGACCUCCGACGGAGUUUUACAGGUGACCUACGACGUAUAGGAGAUUUCCUCCAUGAAGGUGAUGGAGAUCGAUGAUGUCGACGAGAAGGUGAUUGCCUAUGAGAACGUGGUGGUGACCGACGACGUGGAGGUGACCGAGACCGGCGACGUAUAGGUGAUGGCCGACGAAGGCGAGGGGAUGGAGAUCGCCGACGCACUCGGACGGGAGACCUACGGCGAAAAGGAGAUGGGGAUCUAUGAUGCAAGCGAGGUGAAGAUCUUCGCCUUGCAUAAGGUGAUCUCCGCCUUGAAGCAGGAACCUGAGGUGAACGAUGCCGAUGAGGUGAAACAGAAUAUCUUGGCAGAGAUCGGCGCCUCCUGUCCUGAGAAUGCAAAUGCCUUGGAGGACUAG